CUUCUCUUUGUUGCCCGGUUCAGCCCAAAUCAAAGUCUCACUCGCAUCUCUCCUGGCAGGGAUCGAAGAUAACAGACUGAUUUGACAGAAGCAGGCCCCUUCAGUUCUCUCCAAUAUAACUUCCGCCGACCACUCUCCGUGACAUGUCCUAUUGACCCCUGGCCUUCUCUGUAAUGGAUACUGCAGAAAGAGAACUUGGAGCUGAAAAUGCAGGGAGUGAGAGUUCAUCUGUCGAGAUAAAGGUCUUGUUCUUUGCGAGAGCUCGUGAUCUUACUGGUAUGACCGAAUUUUCGUUAAAGAUAUCAGCUGGUAGUAACACUCAAGAGUGUCUGAAGGAGCUUAUUGCCAAGUUCCCAAGCCUGGAAGAGAUAAGUGCGUGCAUGGUUCUUGCUCUUAAUGAGGAAUAUACAACCGAAUCCACCAUUGUUAAAGACAAGGAUGAGUUGGCUAUUAUACCUCCAAUAAGCGGCGGGUAAAAUAUUUUGAUUGUCCUUAAAAGUAUCCAAAGGAGGAAAUUGUUUGAUGAAUGAAUGAUUUACUGUAAAGUUCUCAGGGAUGCCAUGAAGGUAUUCUCGGUUCUCUUCAUUUCAGGAAGUAUCCUUUGUAAAAGAUGAUCCUGUUCCAUUAAUAAUACGAAUUGCCACCCUAGUUAAGUUCCAA